UGCCCGCUCUUGGCCUCUAAGCUGGUGCCCGCCGUAGCAAGUGCCCGUGGCCUCUCAGGAUUCCUGUCAUGUUCACAGCGAAAGUACUCCCUUCAUCCUAUCCCCAAGAAGAAGAUUCCUAACCGAUGCUUGGGCCAGCCCAGUCCCCUUACACACCCACACCUUCUCAAACCAGGAGAGGUGACACCAGGACUGUCCCAGGUGGAAUAUGCACUUCGCAGACACAAACUGAUGUCUCUGAUCCAGAAGGAAGCACCAGGACAGAGAGGGACAGACCAGACUGUGAUUCUACUGUCCAACCCUACGUACUACAUGAGUAACGACAUCCCCUACACCUUCCACCAGGACAACAAUUUCUUGUACUUAUGUGGAUUCCAAGAGCCUGAUAGCAUUCUGGUCCUCCAGAGCCUUCCUGGGAAGCAGUUACCAUCACACAAGGCUGUGCUCUUUGUGCCCCGGAGAGACCCCAAUCGAGAACUCUGGGAUGGCCCCCGAUCAGGCACCGAUGGAGCGGUUGCUCUGACUGGGGUGGAUGAAGCCUAUACACUAGAGGAAUUUCAGCAUCUAGUGCCCAAACUGAAAGCUGAGACAAAUACGGUUUGGUAUGAUUGGAUGAAGCCCCCUCACGCACAGCUUCACUCUGAAUACAUGCAGCUUGUGACAGAAGCCAAAGCGAGGAGCAAGAACAGAGUUCAGGCGGUCCAGCAGUUGGUACAGCGCCUCCGGCUGGUCAAAUCUCCUGCCGAAAUCGAGCUGAUGCAGAAGGCUGGGAAGCUGACAUCACAGGCUUUCGUGGAGACCAUGAGCACCAAGAGAGCCCCGGUGGAGGAGGCCUUUCUUUAUGCCAAGUUUGAAUUUGAGUGCCGGGCUCGUGGCGCAGACAUCUUAGCCUACCCACCUGUGGUUGCCGGUGGUAAUCGGUCCAACACUUUGCACUAUGUGAACAAUAAUCAGCUCAUCAAGGAUGGGGAGAUGGUGCUUCUGGAUGGCGGCUGUGAGGCUUCGUGCUACGUGAGUGACAUCACCCGCACCUGGCCGGUCAAUGGCAGGUUCACCGCACCUCAGGCUGAACUCUAUGAAGCUGUCCUCGAGAUCCAGAAGACUUGUCUGAGCCUCUGCUCCCCUGGGUCGAGCUUGGAGAACAUCUACAGCCUGAUGCUGACGCUGAUAGGACAGAAGCUUCAAGAGCUGGGGAUCAGCAGGGAGAAUGAUGCCUUCAAGGCCGCUCGAAAAUACUGCCCACACCAUGUUGGCCAUUACCUUGGGAUGGAUGUCCACGACACCCCAGACAUGCCCCGUUCCCUCCCACUGCAGCCAGGGAUGGUGAUCACAGUCGAGCCAGGCAUUUAUAUCCCAGAAGAUGACAGAGAUGCCCCCAAGAGGUUUCAAGGUCUUGGGGUACGGAUUGAGGAUGACAUAGUGGUGACUCAGGGCUCACCCCUCAUCCUUUCUGCAGACUGUCCCAAAGAGAUGUGUGACAUCAGACAGAUCUGCAGCGGGACCUCCUGA